CGACCGCAAAGGUUCCUAGCUGUCACCGGUCAUCUAAUCUCGCUGUACCCGGCGUCCCCAUGCAGGUGAGGGGGGAGGCGUCACGUCGCGCUCCGCUCCACCUGAGACACCAGUGACCUCCGCGUUGUUGACGCACACACACACACUCCACCCGCGGCCGGAGAGAGGACGAACACCGCAGCGGCACAAGGUCAGUGACAGGAGCUGGAGGAGAGCUAGCUAGCGGCUAACAUCUAGCGUCGUUAACCGGCCCGUCCUCUGACGGUUAUCCGCUUGACAAGCCCCCGGUCGUGCCUGAACACGCGGCGGGUUCCCGGUGCCCUGGUCAAGGUGAAACUUUCCGUGGAGACACGUGGGGGCCGGAUUAGCCUCCAUGCCGCAGGAGCAGCUUCCACAGCCCGCUAACGUGGAGUGAUUGAGUGUGUUCAGGAUGAAGCGGCUCCCGGUGCUCUCCCUGCUCCUCUGCCUGUGCUCCGUCUACUUCGUGGGCAUCUACCUGUUCGUGGGCGGCUUCCUGCUGGUGCGGCUGGAGGUGAACCGCACCAGCGGCUGCGGGGACGUGCUGCAGCCCGGCGGGGAGCCGGCGGACUUCUGCCGGGUCCGGCCGCGCUUCAGCCGGGCGGUGCUGCUCAUCAUCGACGCUCUGAAGAUCGACUUCGCCCGGUUCGACCCCAGCAACGAUGCGCCCCGACCCCACGAGAACAAGCUGCCGGUGCUGGAGGAGACCGCCGCGGCCAGGCCCGCUCACUGCCGCCUGUACCCCUUCCGGGCCGACCCGCCGACCACCACCAUGCAGAGGAUCAAGGGCUUCACCACCGGCUCACUGCCCACGUUUGUGGAUGUUGGUAACAACUUUGCGUCCACCGCCAUCCUGGAGGACAACCUCAUCCACCAGCUGGGGACAGUAGGCAAGCGGGUUGUGUUCAUGGGCGACGACACGUGGGAGAGUCUCUUUCCGAAGAAGUUCCACCGCUCUCUUCCCUUCCCUUCUUUCAAUGUCAAGGACCUGCACACUGUGGACAAUGGGAUCCUCCAGCACCUCUAUACCACCAUGAUUGGCGGUGACUGGGACGUCCUGGUUGCUCAUUUCCUCGGCGUGGAUCACUGCGGACACCGGUUUGGACCCGACCACCCGGCCAUGGCCGACAAGCUCACCCAGAUGGACGGAGUCAUCAGGUCUGUGAUUGACCAUCUGCAGAACGACACCCUGCUGGUGGUGAUGGGUGAUCAUGGGAUGACGGACACUGGAGAUCACGGUGGAGACAGUCAGAAGGAGACUGAUGCCGCUCUCUUCCUCUACAGUCCGGCCCCUCUGUUUCCCGGACCCCCGUCACAGAGUGAACCGGAUGUAGUGCCGCAGACUGACCUGGUUCCCACCCUGGCUCUGCUGCUGGGCAUUCCCAUCCCCUACAGCAGCGUGGGGCAGGUUCUCUUGCCCUUAUUCCCUCCUCACGGACAGGGUGCAGUGGGUAGUCUCAGCCAGCUGGAGGCGCUGUGGAUCAACGCAAAACAGGUAAACCGUUUCCUGGAGACCUACUCUGGAAUGGCCAAAGACAUCCCACCAGAGAGCCUCUCUCGGCUGAAGGAGGACUUCUCCCGCCUCUCCUCUGAGUACCUCGCCACUGUCCGAGAGGGUCGGCCCCCCUCCCCAGAGCUGGCAGCCUCACUGCAGGCCUACCUCACUUCUGUCAGAGAUACCUGCCGGGCUACCUGGGCCCGGUUCAACCCGUUAAAGAUGGCGGCUGGGUUGGUCAUCCUGGCGUUUGCCUGCUUGAUGUGUUUCAUCCUGUCUGAGCUGUCGAAUGUGCUGAUGAGGGAGAAUGGUCUUGGACUGAAGGCCCCGGUUGUCGUGGCUCUAACAGUGGGUGUCGGUGUGGCCGUGACUCAGCUGUUCACACAGGGCUACAUCGAGGUGGCGUGGUGCCUGGCGGCUGCCGCCCUCACCUCUGAACUGGUUUUCUUCUGGACAGCGUAUGGAUCCAGAACGGCUGCUGUGUCAAAGAACGGAUCCAAAUCUCUAAAGUGUGCGAGCUGGCUCAGCCUGCGUAAUCUCCUCAUUCCCUCUCUCCUGGUUCCUCUCCUCCGCUGCGCCUCCCUGCUCUCAGACAGCUACGUGAUCGCAGAAGGCCGGGUAGUGACAUUUCUCCUCUUCUCUCUGGCUCUGUAUAUUCCCAUCCAUCUCAACUGGGAUGGCCUACUUUUACCGCCCAGCUAUGACCCCCUGAAGUCUGCUGGGCUGGUGCCGUCUCCGGCCUUGUCUCCAUCAACUGUGAGGAAAGAAAGCAGCGUCCUCCUGGCCUGCUCGGGACUCCUCGUCGGCAGCCUCUACCUCUCCCUGUCAUUUCACGGCUGCCGGGAAGAGCAGGGCGACUGCCAGCCUUCGCCGUUCCUUUCUCCUCUCGCCCGGUUGCAGGACAGCCAGCUGAAGAACCUCCACUACAUCUUGUCUGUCUUCUCCCUGGGCUUGUGGACGUAUCUGCUGAGACGCUGCCUCCGCCACUACGGAAACCUCAACUCCUCAGGUGGGACGGUGUUCACGGCCCGCUGGAUCUUACCACUGCUGUCCGUGUGCAUGGGGCUGCACUGGGCUGUUAGUGCCACGCCGGAGGACAGCUUCAGGAAUCUGGGCGAGCUGAUCAGCCUGGCCCAGCUGUCUCUCCCCAGGGCGGCCUUCUGUCUCUUGGGCCUGGGCCUGAUUCUGAUCUGGCUGGAUCCCCUCACUGUGUUUAUCAAAACCAGGACCGCGGCCUCAGCCAGAAAUUCCUCGCUACCCCCACCGAGUUACCGAGCCAGCACUGGCAUCAGCCCCCAAGCCGAGCUGCACCACCUCAUCCCGCAGAUCUACCAGCGUAUGCGCCGCUCCCUGGACGACGGCGGCGAGCGGAGGGGGGGCAGCGAGGUGGACAACAGGCCUGCUGUGGAGGCCUACGGCCUGGGAACUGUGUACUCCGCUCCCCUGCUGCUCUUCUGCGGCCUGCUGGGAAUCGGCCUGCUGCUGCUGCACCCAGAGGGCAUGUCGCUGUCUUUCCUUCUGCUGCUGCUGGAAAUGGGAGCUCUGCUGCACAUCCACGCCUCCUCCACGACCCUCGGAGGCCUCCAUGGAACAGACCCUGGUGGAUUUAAUGUUCCCUGGGCUCCGAUAGUGAUGUGGGCCCUGGCCGCCUCCCAGUUCUUCCACGCCACGGGUCACCUUCCGACCUUCCCCUCCAUCCAGUGGGGCGCUGCCUUUGUGGGGUUCCCUGAUGGACACACAGGCACCCUGCUGCCCGCCUCCCUGGUGACCCUCAACACCUUCGCCUCACACAUCUUGUUCGCAGUGGGCUGUCCACUGCUGCUGUUCUGGCCCCUGGUGUGCGAGGUGCGUGGCAGCCGAGGAGGAGGAGGAGGAGGAGGAGGAAGAGCUUGUGGGGAUGAAGACGAGGACGCGGUGAUGGAGAUGAGGCUGAGAGAAAACCCGCAGCAGUUCAGCGCCGCUCUCCUGCAACUCGCAACACGCUACCUCUUCAUCCAGGGAGCACAGGUCUUUGCCUCAGUCUGUGCAGCUGCCAUCCUCAGGAGACACCUAAUGGUGUGGAAGGUUUUUGCACCCAAGUUGAUGUUCGAGGCGUCUGGGUUCCUGGUGAGCAGCGUGUCUCUGCUGAUCGGGGUCACGUUAGUGCUGCGGGUCGAUGUCGCCGUGGGCCGCUGGUUUAAGAAAAUCAUCCCAGAUGCGUCCAGGUAGCGACGGCUACAAACAGAACCAUCACCGUCGGUGUCUAACAGGCUGAUCUCCUCAAACACGUCUUAUGAGGUCACGUCUUACUGUAACUUGAGGGCUACGCUGUGAGGGACCGACUCUGAGGCCUUCCCCUCCUCAGCCGGAGGGACUGAAGGACAUCACAUCUUGGACUGAACCACCUCCGAGCACGGGGACUGUUUUUUUUACACAGUGGUUUCAGCUGGAGCUCGUAAACCACCUCAUAGAAGGCGAUGUGGUUUUAAGGUCAUUGAGUUCCAGAGUUACGAUGAGGGAGAGGAGAGUUACUUCUGAAUGUUUCUAACCGACCGAGCAACAAAGUCUCGUGGUUUAAAAAGCUUCACUAAAUACAAACCGGUUUACAAAAGCUUCACAACCUGUCGCAGCUGAACCAGAACCUCAGCACUCAGCACGAAAUGGGCCUUUUAAUAUCCAGUGGCUUUUAUUUCCUCCUCCUAACCGAGGCUGACGUCACACUUUACGAGCACCAGAGCCAAAGUGACGAGUUUAAUGUGACGGAAAGACGACGUCUCCACCCGGGGGGAAUUCAGCAAUUAAAUUAAAGUAAUGAGCAGGUAAAUGAUUCAGCCACUUUCUGCAGAAACAGAAGUCGACGUCUGGAGCAGCUUUCUUAUCAGUUCGCCAGCAGGUCGACUCCAUUCGGACAAAAUCCAUCCAAGUGCAUUACAGCAUGCCAUUCAGGUGUCUGCUGGAGGAAGUGUACUUUUCUUUUUUCUUAUGUUUUCUACCAUCAAGAUGUCGAAACACCCCGAGCAUCUGGUCACUGCCAAUUCACACAGUGUUAACUCUGCUGUGGUUCUACUUCUUUCCUGGUGGUGGGGUUUUACUUCUAUGAUUCCUAACUCUAAUGCCUAUGUUUAAUUAAUAAUUUUUUUUUUUUUUAAAUCUCUAAUCUGAAAUGAACCUUUUGCUCUUGAUACACCUUGUCCCUGAAAGAGGUGCCAAGCUUUAACAAAUGCCUUUUUGUCUCUCGUGUAUGAUGUCAGUAUUUUUGGCCGGUGCCGGUGAACCCGGUGACGUCCAGAUUCUCUUUGACAGUUAAUUUAUUUGUGCGGGACGUCUGAGUCCGUCUCUGCAGCCUGGAGUCAUCAGCUAAAGUUCAUUAGCUAAUGCACGAUAUUGAAGGGACCUAGCGCUCGGGUUGAAUUAGCGAUGAUGCAGAUGUGAUGCAGAUGUGAUGCAGGGACGUUUGUUCGGUUUCUGCUGCGGUGAAGGUUGUGUGACGAUGGGGGAACUGUUUAUUUUGUUUUUAGAAUGUUUAAUAUAUAAAUAACUGAUUCAUUAAAAAAGUGAUUUUACAUCCUGUGGAGAAAAUGGAAUAAAACUUUUUGUACAUGA